GAGGUGCUUGAAUUGGGCGCUUAUUACAGUGUUCGCAUCAAAGAUAUUGCCGCAUUCGAACGAUACAUUGCUCAGUUGAACACGUUUUACCACGAUUUAGCUCAUGUCCUUCCUCCUUCGCCUCAGCAAUAUCCUCUCACCGGUUUACAUCUACUUCAACUCUUGUCUCAGAAUCGUUUGUCUGAUUUCCACACCACCUUGGAGAGCAUUGAUCCCGAACAGUUGCAUGCCAACCAAUUCAUCAAGCAAGCUGUGGAUUUAGAACAAUUCUUGAUGGAAGGCAGCUAUAACAAGAUGUGGAGCACAAGAGAUACUGUCAAGGGUGAAGAAUUCAUGUUUUUCUACGAUAUUCUUAUCAAUACAAUCCGUCAUGAAAUCGCAAGUUGUAGCGAGAAAGCUUACGAAUCCCUUCCACUCCAAGAUGCCAGUACUUUACUAUUCUUGAAGAACACGGAGGAUCUGCUAAACUUUGCCCGAGAACGUGGCUGGAAGGUGAAUCCUAGCGAGCAACAGAUUCAUUUCGCUUCAGACGAUAACGCAGCCGUGGAAAUUCCACAAGAACAAAUCAUUACUCACACGUUGGGCUACGCAAGAGAAUUGGAACGUAUUGUGUAA